AAGCUUUGGAGUUCAUGAAACGGGACCUGGCCGAGUUCACUCAGGUCAUGCAGCACGACACAGCUUGCACUAUCGCCGCUACGGCCAGCGUGGUGAAGGACAAGCUGGCGAGGACGGAAGGUUCCUCCGGUGCGACUGAGAAGGUGAGGAAAGGGCUCUCCGACUUCCUGGGUGUCAUCUCGGACACGUUUGCUCCCUCGCCGGAUAAGACCAUCGACUGCGAUGUCAUAACACUGAUGGCAACACCCACAGGUACUACAGAGCCCUACGACAGUGCCAAGUCCCGAGGCCCUUCCCUCCGGGGCUCUGACUGCUACCUGUGCUCGUCCUCUGCAGGCCCCGCGGAGCUGCUGGAGGCCUGGCUCUCGCAGUUCAGCCUGGAGGAGAAGAAAGGGGAGAUCGCGGAGCUGCUGGCGACCAGCCCGUCCAUCCGGGCUCUCUACACCAAAAUGGUCCCGGUGGCUGUUUCCCAUUCGGAAUUCUGGCAGCGCUACUUCUACAAAGUGCAUCGCCUGGAGCAGGAGGAGGCCCGGAGGGAGGCUCUGAAGCAGCGAGCAGAGCAGAGCAUUCACCACGAGGAGCCAGGCUGGGAGGAGGAGGAAGAGGAGUUCUUGGGGAUGUCACCCCUGCCUUGUGCAAGCGUGAAAUUUCCAGAAACAGCAGAGAAAGCCCUGGCAGGAAGCCACCCCCCUGCUCACAAGGGACCCUCGGAGGAGCGCGGGGCCGUGCUCCCCCCGGGGCCGGCCCCAGCAGAGGGGAGCCCCUCGGAGAGCAGCGAGAGCGUCUCCCUCGUGACUCAGAUUGCAAACCCUGCCUCUGUGCCUGCU